GACCAUGUGAUUGGUAUCCGUAUGCUCGCGCAUCCCAUUGGAGGCUGAAAAUAGCUGUCCAAUCAACGCGACAGCCACCAAUACUCCUAACGAAGAAGUUCGGUUCUUGAUAACUGCUCGGUCAUACCGGUGCACUCAGCUUCCUCCUGUGUAGAGAAGAGUAGCAAGCUGGUUGCUUCGAAUACGAGGAGCAGCCACGCUAUGUGCUGAGUCCCGUUACAGUAUAAAAGGGUCCAUCAUGGCUUCGUUUCCAAGGGGUGUGCAUCUCGAACCUCAGAUACCAUUUCCAGUUGACAAUUCACUUCAAGAUGCUCUUCAACGCAUUGACAGUUCUUUCUAUCAUCGCAAGCGUCCAUGCCGCAGGUCGUGCGAUCGUUACCAACCAAUGCCCCGAGCCCAUCUAUCUCUGGUCCGUUGGUGGUAGCAUAAGUGACCAACACAUCGUCAAUCCUGCCACAUCCUACAGUGAAUCCUUCGUCACUGACCCGAAAUCUGGAGGCAUUGCGAUCAAGAUAUCACCAAUCGAAGGCGGUAUUUUCAAGCCAAACGUCAGCCAAACGAUCUUCGCGUACAACCUCGACGUCAACCAGAUCUGGUACGAUAUGAGCGACAUUUUCGGCGACGGCUUUGCCGGAAGUACCAUGACCCUCAAGCCGACGGAUUCAACGUGUGAGAGCAUCGUGUGGGCGUAUGGAAAGCCGCCCGCUGGUAGUCAGGUCAAGAACUGUGGAGCUGAGACGGAUCUUGAGCUGACAUUUUGUACCAACCAGUGCUUGCCGAGUUGGUCUCCUUGUGGAAGAAACGCGCCGCCGGGUGAGACGAGGACGUGCUGCACGCAUUGUAUUGGCGAUCACCACUGUGUUGCUGCACCCAAUUAGAUGCAGCCUAACGCUGUGCCGACCAUGAAUGAUCGAAGGGACAGCUAGCAAUUUGACACGACGAGGAAAGAGCUAUGUGGGUAUCAGCCGCACGCGUUGA